AUGGAGUUCCUGUCCGAACUUAGUGCGCCGUCCGUCGCAAUGGCGUCCGCCCUCACGGCGGCGGCCGGCGCGUACUUGAACGCCAAAUAUUCCAUCUCGACAGAUCUAUCGACCCUCCGCAAUGAACGGGCGACAGCCGCUCGCGUGGCCGAGCGGGUUGCAAAGCUGCGAGAAUCCGUUACCAUCUACAAAUUGCUCGAGCGGGUAGUUGACAAGGAAGGCCAUGGCGCACGGGACGCCUUAUGGUUUGAGAAGAAGACAUGGACCUAUAGUCAAUUGAAAGACCUUGUUGACCGAUUUGCUGCCUUUCUGCAGUCGAGAGGUGUGAAGUCGGGUGAUACUAUUGGCGUCUUUACCACGAAUUCUCCGGAAAUGGUUGUAACGGUAUACGCCCUGUCGAAGCUGGGUGCUGUUUCUGCUCUGAUCAACACGAGUCUACGAGACGAUACCUUUCUCCAUUGCCUUGGAGUCUCGAAGGCUACUAUGAUCAUCUCUACUCCCGACCUGUCGGAAUUUGUCUGCUCCGAUAUUCCCCAUGUGGCUUUCAACCUGUCGUCUUUUGACGGCGUAUCGACGGGUCCGGUAGAGCUGAUCACUGUCGCAGAGCUUCAGCAGUACUCUCCCUCUGGAUUGUCGGCUGCCAAGCGAGGUCCCGGUGACCUGGCGGCCCUUAUCUAUACGUCUGGAACUACGGGAAAGCCCAAAGCAUGUGGAGUACGGAACAUGCUGACUAUCAUCACUUCCACUCCGCUGCAAUCGGAUGUCAACAAUCCCUCGAAAUACUUGCCCCUGCGCACCUAUUGUGCCCUUCCGCUUUUCCACGGCACCGCCUUCUUCAUUGGUCUCUGCGCGUCUGUCGGCUCUGCAGGCACUUUGUGUCUGCGCCGUAAGUUCUCGGCUUCAAACUUCUGGAAAGAUGUGCACGAGUCGAAGGCCACUCGCGUUCUCUACAUUGGUGAACUUUGCAGAUACCUUCUGGCGACACCUCCCUCCCGGUACGACAAGGACCACCAGUGCCUUGUGGCUACCGGCAACGGUUUGCGUGCGGAGAUCUGGGACAAAUUCCGGGAGAGAUUUGGUGUCCCUGAGAUUCGAGAGUUCUACCGGUCCACCGAGGGCGUCGCCAAGUUCGACAACCACGGCGUGGGAUCAUGGGGUGCCGGAAAGAUUGGCUUCGGCGGGCCGAUCCGGCGAUUCCUCGAGGAUGAUAAUCUCAUUGUGAAGUAUGAUCCCGAAACGGAGAUGCCUUACCGCGAUCCCGUCACCGGCUUCUGCGUCAAAGCCAAGAUUGGCGAAGAAGGCGAGGCGAUUGGACGUGUUCGCAACCGUGACUUCUUGGUCGAAUACGUCGGAAACAACGAAGCCACCGAAGGGAAGCUUUUGCGCAAUGUCUUCCAGAAAGGCGAUCUUUUCCAGCGCACCGGAGACCUUGUCGUCCAGGACGCAGAUGGCUGGAUCAAGUUCCAAGACCGCGUUGGAGACACUUUCCGCUGGAAGGGUGAGAACGUCAGUGCGGGUGAGGUUCGGGACCACAUCUGCUCACUCCCGGCGGUCCAUGAUGCCGUAGUGUACGGUGUGAAAUUGAACGGGUAUGAUGGCCAAGCUGGUGCCGCUGGCAUCACUCUCGAGGACCCCUCUGCCGAGGGUGAAUUCAUGGCUAAGCUUUACCGCGAGUUGAGGAAGAAGGGAGUUCCCACCUAUGCUGUCCCCCGACUUGUUCGGUUGACCGAGAAGGUGGCUACGGGAGUUACUUUUAAGCAAGCUAAGGGCGAGUUGACCAAGAAGGGCUGGGAUCCACGGGUCGAUUGGAAUGGGGACAAGCUGUACUGGCUCAAUGACACGAAGUAUGAGAAGCUCGGCGAACAGAGCUGGUCGUCAAUCGAAGCUGGUACUGCCAAGCUACACUACAUUGUUAACGAGCACCAGUAA